CCUCUACAGCCGGUCAUAUUGCGUAUAUUAUGCUUCGUUUUCUAGCCUCUACAGCCGGUCCACAGUGCUUGGCGUGCUCCUCUACAUCUCGUCUAGAGUUUUGUGAUCAACUUACACAGUGUGCAGACGGAGAGAAAUGCUAUAUACAAAAGACCCGUACAAAUAACGGCCUGGAUGAGUAUACGUCCGGUUGUGUCAGCAACAAGAGUUGUUCCCUAGGUACGAAUGUAAACGGAGCACCACCGUAUGGACAAGUGACUUGUGUGGAGUGUUGUGAUGGAGAUAUGUGUAAUAACCAGGGCUGUGGGGAUACAGGGCCACCGCCACGGGAAACCCGCGGACCGUACUGUUACCAGUGUCAACAGAGGCCCAGUUCCAGCUACUGUGAUCGGCUAACUAUUUGUGAAAGAAACGAAUAUUGUACAAUCGAUGAGACGUUUUCGUCAGGACCUCGUUUUACAAGUGGAUGCCGACCAAAAGGGGAGUGUUCCCACCAAGGGCCUGUAGAGGGUAGAGAUAUUUCUAUACUCCUCAGAUCUUCCCGACCUUGUCAUAGAUGUUGUACUGACGACUUCUGUAACCAGGCCUGUCCGAUUCAGCAAUCACAAGGGACCUCCUAUUGGAGUUCCUGGAGUACUUGGAGUACAUGUUCGACAACUAGCUGCGGUGGACGAGGACAACAGACUCGAACCAGAUCAUGCUCACAUUUCAAUGGAACAUGUGAGGGUAUAUCAAGAGAAGAACGCAAUUGUUCCCGUGGGCUCUGUACAGGUUGUGCUGAGCUGUACAACGGUGGACACCGUACCUCAGGUGUGUAUACUAUAGCCCCGUCCGCACACCAACCACUGAACGUAGUCUGCAACAUGACGGAUGGAGGUGGAUGGACAGUACUUCAACACAGGCUACACGGAUCAGUCAGUUUCAAUCGAAGUUGGACAGAUUACGUCACCGGAUUCGGUGAUCUACGUGGCGAUUUCUGGCUUGGAUUGGAAUACAUUCACGAGCUUACAACACAGGGGGUUCAUGUCGUUAUUGAUAUGAUAGGAAAACAAGGUAGUUCCAUACGGUACAGCUACGAUCACUUUGAAGUGAAGAAUGCUACUACAUCGUACGAGUUAUUGGUUGCCAAUGACAACUCUGUGAAUUGCACAUCAUAUUCUCGACUUAUGUAUAAUAACGGGUCAAAAUUUUCUACUCCUGAUAAACCGGGUAUUCAUGGUUGUUCGUCUCACGGCUCUGGGUGGUGGUUUAACGAAUGUUCAUAUUUCAACAUAAAUGGGAUAAUAGGUGUUAACGAUAAUAAUUAUGGCAUGGCAGCGUUCUGUGAACCAAACGUCGUUCAGCUGGAGGAAACUAUUAUGAGAAUUAGAUGA